CAUUCAUGAACCACAUCCACAUUCACAACCCAUUCAACUCCCCUCCCCUGUUUCUCUCACUGUGUCUCUCAAGCGCAAAGUUCUUCCAUGGCAACCAAGAAAGUAAAAGCCAUAGGCAUUGACUUGGGCACAACCUACAGCUGCGUGGCAGUGUGGCAACACAACCACGUCGAGGUCAUUCCCAACGACCAAGGCAACCGCACCACCCCUUCUUACGUUGCCUUCACCGACACUCAGAGGUUGUUGGGUGACGCUGCCAUGAACCAACGGACCACGAAUCCACACAACACCGUCUUCGACACCAAACGUUUGAUCGGUCGUAGAUUCUCCGACCAAUCUGUUCAGCAAGACAUGAAGCUGUGGCCCUUUAAGGUUGUCCCUGGAAACAGAGACAAGCCCAUGAUUGCUGUCACCUACAAAGACGAAGAGAAACACCUCACAGCCGAAGAGAUAUCUUCCAUGGUGCUGUUUAAGAUGAAGGAGGUUGCUGAAUCCUAUUUGGGUCACACAGUGAAGGAUGCAGUGAUCACUGUCCCUGCUUACUUCAGCAACGCGCAGAGACAAGCCACGAAGGACUCUGGGAAAAUCGCGGGUUUGAACGUUUUGAGGAUCAUCAACGAGCCAACUGCAGCUGCUAUUGCUUACGGUUUGGACAAGAAAGGGUGGAGAGAAGGUGAACAGAACGUGCUUGUGUUUGACCUCGGUGGUGGAACAUUCGAUGUUUCCUUGGUGACAAUUGAUGAAGGGAUAUUUAAGGUUAAGGCCACGGUGGGAGACACGCACUUGGGUGGUGUGGACUUUGAUAACAAAUUGGUUGACUAUCUUGUGAGUAUAUUCAAGAGGAGGUACCAAAUUGAUGUUAGUGGGAACGCUAAAGCUCUUGGAAGGUUGAGGUCAGCGUGUGAGAAAGCUAAGAGGAUUCUGUCCUCCAGUUCUCAAACCACUAUUGAGCUUGACUCUUUAUGUGGAGGGGUUGAUCUUCAUGCAAUUGUUACAAGGGCCUUGUUCGAGGAACUGAACAAGGACUUGUUCAUCAAGUGCAUGGAGACCGUCGAGAAGUGUCUGGUUGAGGCGCGAGUUCACAAAGGGCAAGUCCAUGAGUUUGUUCUGGUGGGUGGUUCCACUAGAAUUCCCAAGGUGCAGCAACUUCUGAAGGACAUGUUCAGCGUGAAUGAGCUUUGCAAGAGCAUAAACCCAGACGAGGCUGUAGCAUACGGUGCAGCUGUUCAAGCAGCGAUUUUGAGUUGUGAAGGGGACAAGAAGGUGGAGAAGUUGUUGUUGCUGGAUGUGAUGCCACUUAGUCUUGGUAUUGAGACCAGUGGUGGUGAAAUGUCAGUGUUGAUUCCCAAGAACACCAUGAUCCCCACCAAGAAAGAGAGAGUUUUCUCCACGUUUUCUGAUAACCAAACGAGCGUUUUGAUCAAAGUGUACGAGGGGGAGCAAACCAAGACAGAGGAUAACUUCCUUCUAGGGAAGUUUGAGCUUUCGGGGUUCACUCCAUCGCCGAGGGAGGUCCCUCAGAUCCACGUUGGGUUCGAUGUGGACGUUGAUGGCAUUGUGGAGGUAAGUGCUAGAGAUAGGAGCACGGGACUGAAGAAGAAGAUCACGAUCAGCAACAAGCAUGGGAGGUUGAGCCCCGAAGAGAUGAGGAGGAUGGUGAGAGAUGCAGAGAGGUAUAAGGAAGAUGAUGAGGAGGCGAGGAACAAGGUGAGGGCCAAGAACUUGCUUGAGAAUUAUGCUUUUGAGAUGAGGGACAGAGUGAAGAGUCUUGAGAGGGUGGUUGAGGAGACCAUAGAGUGGCUCGACAGAAACCAGUUGGCUGAAACUGAUGAGUUUGAGUACAAGAAGCAGCAGUUGAAAGAAAGGGUUAUGCAGUUAUUGUGAAGUGUAAUUGUAGUUCUUGGUUGAACAGGUUUAGUGUUGAUUGAGUUCGAGGCAUUGAAAAAUAGUUCUAGCUUCGUUACUCAAUCUAGCACUUAGAGUGAGUACCAUCUAGUUUAUGGUUUAUGUCUAUCAUGUGAAAGUACUUUAGUAUGGAUGCAAUGAAUGUGGUGCUUAUUAAUUAUUAACUUUUGUGAUGGUGCUUAUGGAAUGGACUACUCAUAAUUCAUAACCUAA